CUCGAAAUAUUGUAAAACAAUCAAUUACAAAUUGCCGUUAGUGUCGUUGGGCGAAUGUGCUAUGGACGCUACAUGAAAAUUGUUGUUUUGACAACAUGUUGACAAGUGUUUUACUGUAACAAUUUGUGUUUAGUUCGUGUUUAGGGAAGUCGACCCUAAAGAAGUAGGCGGUACAGUUCUUGAAUAGCAUAAAUGCUUCAACUUGUAUAGCUGCGUAUUAGACUACGAUUAAUUAUCAACUUUUAGGUUGUUUGAACAGUUGAGGCAUCAUAUGCGUUUGAGUUUAUACGAUCUCAGAUUUUGUUAGUUGCUAUUUUUUAAACUGUUCGUAGGUAGUGCUGAACGAUAAAUUAAUUGGUUAUGACGAAGUACUUCGAUAAUCCGAAUUCCUCGUCAUUCGAUGAUUCGCUUCAAGAGCCACUCAAAGAACUCGAUCUAAAUGAUUCCGAUAGCUUUUUGCAAAUAUCCCCCUCAAAGCGAUCGCCAAAUCGCAGAAGUACCAAGAUAUCGGGGCAUUUCACAGAUAAAGAAAACAUUCACGACAUAGACAAACUACCAGUUUUUCAUCGAGGAAGCCACGGAGAGCAGCCUGGGACUCUAAUCGUGAGGCACUAUGUCCAGAAGGAUUCAAAAUGUAUCCAAUGUCGAAAUUGUGGAAUUUUUUUCAACACAACCUCAUUUUUAAAACAUUGUCACGACCAAUUUGGUAAACGUACUCAAUGCAACUCUGUUCAACUACAAUUGGGACUUGACACUCCCACAUCUCGACAAAAAGACGUCUGGAACAAAUUUCAGAAAAAGUUACUCGUCGACACAGAACCAACAAUACGACCUGGUUCUAGGGCUGCAAAGCACAUUCAAGGUUUGGAAAAUACUUACAACAGGCGCAACGUAACAAAUGAAGAUUACGGUCGUCGUGUUCGACGAUCAAGCGCUGACAUACCGGCGACGCGUAAAACAAACAUCGACGCACCAGCGGUGGAUCGACCGUUUCAAGAACGAAACGACACACUGCAGAGGAGUCGAAUGUUUUUAUCGUCUUCUGCACUGAACUUACCUGAUAAAUUAUCAAUAUCGGAAUUAGAUCCUGAUCGACGUAAUGCACGAAUGUCGUCUUCAUACAACAUCCCAGACAAUGGUAACACAUUAAGACGUAGAAUGCCCCAUAUGUCGCGAAUGUACGACGAAGAAAGGGUUCCGAUGAGCAGGAUUGAAAGACAAAGUCGUGCACCAUUGUUUCAGAGUGAAAUUCCGCUAAGAUCACCGAGAUAUCCCGCAGCUCAUACACGGGGUGACUCCUUGCAAUCAAAACCCUGGGAAAAUGAGAACUAUGGGACUGAAUAUCUACCAAAACCGCGAACAACAUCAAAUUUUUCUUAUGCAGAUGACGCACCUAAACCUUUGUCAGAAAGUAUUUUCAAACCAACUUCAUUUUGUUUUGACUCGAAACCCGAUCCCAAUUUGAAUAUUAACCAAUUGAAAUCUGAAAUAACGACUGAAGAUCCCAAAUCAUUAAUCAGUCAGGCUUGCAUCCUCCUACAAAAAGCUUCAGACAAAUUAACCAACGAAACUGGUAACAAUUCAAAUGCAUGGAGAAAAAUGUACGAAGAAGAAAGAGACCAUCGGAUGAGACUUGAAGCACAAAUUCGCGAUUUAGAACGAGAUCUACGAUCGAGGAAAACUUGAAGUGGUCGAUAUCGAACAGAAUCAAUGUGUAGUUUGCUAAUCUGCUAAAGUUAUGCUAUAUAAAAAAGUAUUUGAAUUUAUUGCAAUGAUAGCAAUCUUGAAGUUUAUUUUCAUCUUGUGAAUGUCUUUUAUUCAAGUGUUGUUCGUAAGUUGCUUUCAUUUUUUCCAUCGCCACAUAUUUUCUGGAAAAUUUUUCCGUGACAUUAGGCUUCUGUUCAUUUAUUUGUAUAUUUUUAUAUCGCAUUGGUAUUUUAACGUGAGUUCGUGUGGCUGGCAAUUCGGUUUUUAUUAUUUGUGAAUCAUGUAUCAAAUCCAAUCUUCGUAAUAUAAGUUAUGCAGCCA